AAAGCCACACAUGAUAUUGCUCUUGGUUUGGAUUCUGCAUCAUAAAAUAGAAAAGCUAAAAAAAGCCUCAUCAAGGUAAGCUUGCAUCUCUCUUCUCACUCUCAAUUCUAGCAUUCUAAUUACUGAGAUAGAUAUGUACAAUACUUACACUAGUUCAGCUGUAUUGACACUUAGAACAAAAGGGCAUCUCUUAUUUUCUCCAUUCAAUGAUCACUCUAACUUAUUAACUGAAAGAUUUGACAAGAACCCAUUAUCGUCAUCUCAGUGCUGUUCAUGUUGCAAUUGUUGUUCUUGUUGUUGUGCAUCUUCAUUUUCCACUCACAGAUUACCUUUAAACCCCAGUUUAUUUUAUGGGUUGAGGCAAUCUACUCUAAUUCAAUUGUCACCUUGUAAAAGAUUGAUCUUUGGGGGCAGGGACCGGUACUAUUACCGGGUCCUGGAUUAUGAUCUCGAUCAUGAGGUUUGUUGUUCAUUUAAGGAGAAGGGCAGUGGGGAAAGAAUUGAGAGGAGAAGGAAGGGAAGGUUUGGGGGUAAAGAUUUGCGCCAAAGGCGGUGUUUAAGUAGUGUUGAUGAUGUUGAAGCUGUGAUUAGUUUGUUAAGUGAGGAAGUGAGUGAGGAGUGUUCAGGUGAUAGAGGUCAAAGUGGAACUUUUUCAAAGAGAGUGGAAAUGGAAAAGAGAAAUAAUUUUAAUAGCAGUGAACGUCCGCAGAGCAGAAAGAAAAAUGUUAGAUUGGGUUCCUUGGAGAGUGAAUCCAAGAGUCAAUUUGAGUUAGUUACUGGUGAGUUUAAAAAAGACGGUUAUAGAAGGAAGGCAGAAAGGGAAGAGGAUCAAAGGAAGGAAGAGAGGGAAGAAUACAGAAAGGAAGAAGAGAGGAAAGAGAGGGAAGAGAAGGUGGAAAGGAAAACUGUUCUGAGGGGUGAGGAUCGCAGAGGAAGGAAAGCAAGUUCCAGUUUUUCAUCUUAUUACUCGUUGUCUUCUACGGGGGAUUUUGAGAGUGAUAAGGAAGUUCAAGAUGAGCAUGUUGGAUUACUGGGAGAAUCAUCAAGCGGAUAUAAAGAAGAGUUAUGGGGUGGAGAGAAUAAAUCUGGGGGGCAAGUGGUGGGAAAGGUUUCAGAGAAGAGAAUUAGUACCACAAGGACUGGUGCAGACUGGGAUUUGAGAAAGAAAACUGAGAAGAAACUUACUGAGGUUGAAGAAAUGCAGUUGAUAAACGAUUCCUCGCAAUUAUGCUCGAGAAUAGCAAGGACUAGUGAAAGUGAAGAUUGGAAGGUGUCAAGUUCUGAUAAACAAAUUGGUGACAAGAAUGGGAAAUCAACUUUGGCAGUCGAUUUUGAGAAAGGAACAAAAAAGAAAAAUAAUCAAACAGAUAAUCAAGUUUCUGAACAGAUUCAAUUCAGACAAAAUUACCAGGAAAUUACUGAUAUACAAGAGAUCCAAGGCAGAAAUGGAAAAACAACUUCCCAGUACCAAAGGCAGUUCAAUGGCAGAGAAGGAAACCUAAAAGUAAAUGCAGAUUUAAUUGGGGAAAGAAGGGUUGGAUAUCGUAAAACUGCUGAUGAAAGCAUUGGAAAGGGAAAUUUAACAUCAAAUGCCCUGCAGCUCUCUGAAAUAUCAGAAGCUGGAAACACCAAUGCUGGAAGACUUUCUAAAUUGCAGAGGCAAUCUGAGUCUAGAUCGAAGAUCCAGGAAGAAGAGAGAUCUCGAAUGUCAGUUUGGGAGACAAGUGAGAAACACCAGCAAACACUUGAGCAGGUAAGUGGACAGAUUGAGUCCACAGGAAGUUCACAACAAAUGUCUGAAAUAUCGAAAAUUCGUGAUGACAAAAGCAGUACAUUUAUUUUACAAUCAGAAGCUGGGAUGAAGGAUCGGGAAAAAAGUAUCAGUGAGUUUCAUUUGGUUGGACAAGCAAAAGAGCAGAGGUUCCAUACGGAUCAAGAGGCACUUCAGAGAAUUCAAUCUGGAAAAGGGUCCCAAGAUAUCACCAAUAUAUCAGUGAAUGUCACCAAUGUAUCAGUAAUUCAUGCCAGUGAUAAAGAAAGAGUUUAUGAUUCUAAAAUAAGUUCAGAGAAGAGAGUGAUUGAUCGAGGAAGUGAGCUGACAUCAGUUGUUAAACCCAUUCAAGAAACAAGAGAAAGAUGUAAUCAAACUGCUGAAAGAAUCACAGAAGCCAAAUCAAGAAAUGAGGCCCACAGGACCUCUGAAGUACCGAGUUUUCAAGAAAAACCUUCAGAACAGCCCUCUAGUUCUCAAGCAUCCCUGAAUAUGGUUUCCCAAGCUAGAAUACAACAAAUUGAUGUAGAGGACGGGAAUUAUAGAAGUUCACAAGCAAUGAUGAUGCCCCCAUCUCAUCAAGUGGUAAAUCGAGGUUCAUUGCAUGUUAAUCCAAUUAGUGAGACAGCAACUCAAGAUGUUAGCGGCCGAACUUCUGAUAGCAGCUCAAGUGCUUUCUAUGAAAAUUCUGCAGGGAGAACUCCAACAUCAUUUCAAGAACCAUAUGGCAGAGAUGGGAAGGAUGAGUAUCAUGGGGAGCCUUUGAAACUUCUGACCCCUGAAGAUGCUAUGGGCUCAGCUUAUCGUCUAGAGGAGUCAUCUAUGCAGUUUGUAGGGGAAUUUAUGGAGAAGUCAAGGCAAGAAGUAUCUUCCUCUGAAACUCGAAGGGAGAAGGAUUUCAAACAGAAGUUGGUGGAAGGCGAAAAGGAGAAGAGAAAGAAUUCAAGUCAAUUCGGUUCAGAGUCUCUACAGUUGAAGGAACAGGACUCGAAGCGAUUGUCUGGGGGUUCUGGAGAGAAGGGUCCUUCUGAUGAAAUGUGGGAUGUGACAGACUUAUCUCUUCAGGAACCACCAGAGGCAGAAGCACACAAGGGCAGCACAUCAAAUAAAGAUGCUGUUGUUAGGAGAACUGGAAGGUCCUUGUGGAGUAUUAUUGCGGAUGUAGUUCGACUGCGCUGGGGUUCACGGGCUGAAACCCCUAAGUCAGGAAGAAGAUCGGGUGGAAAGAGUUCAUCAAAUGAUUCUGUUAGUAGCGAGGCAUGGUUUUCUGGCCGUGACCCUGAGGAAAACAGUGAUAAAAAUGUGGAAAGGGAAAGAAGCGUGACAAAGGAAACCUCCUCUUCUCAUCACCUGCAACUAGGGCGAACUACUAGUCAAGGUCAGGGAGAAGUGUCCAGCACAAGUGUAUCUAAAAGCAAAAUAACACGGCUUGAAGUAGACACAUCGCCUCCUUCAACUACAUUGAAAUUUGGUUCCACAUCAAAAGGUAUUUCCUCUCCAUCUGAAGAGGAAAACCUUGUUUGGGGGGAAGAUGGAAAGAGUUUUGAAGGAACACAAGGACAUGAUCAAAAGAGUUCACAUGUUUUCCCCCCUAGCACUGUAGGAAAGUCAUCAUCUCCAUUGCUGCCUUCUAGUGGCAUGAGUACAUUUAUUGUAGAAGAAAGUUAUGGUGGGGGUAAAGCUGAUAUGUCAAUCAGUGGGUCAAUGGAGCUGAUUGAGCAACCUGUUAGUACCAAGUCAACUGAAGUAUCAGGCGCCGAGGGGAUGGAAGGAGAGUUGAAACAGAGGAGACUCCAGCGGAACAAACAAGUCCCAAAAGACAAAUUUGAUGAAUGGGAGGAGGCAUAUGUACGUGAAAAUGAGCAGCGGAAAAUUGAUGAAAUGUUUAUGAGAGAAGCACUGUUAGAAGCCAAAAAGGCUGCUGAUACGUGGGAGGUGCCUGUUGGGGCUGUUCUGGUGCAACAUGGAAAAAUCAUUGCUCGUGGCUACAACCUAGUGGAGGAGUUACGGGACUCCACUGCCCAUGCGGAAAUGAUUUGUAUACGGGAGGCUUCAAACCAACUCCGGAGCUGGAGGCUUGCGGAGACUACACUUUAUGUAACACUUGAACCAUGCCCCAUGUGUGCUGGAGCAAUACUUCAAGCAAGAAUAGACACUGUUGUGUGGGGAGCUCCCAAUAAGCUUCUUGGAGCUGAUGGAAGCUGGAUUAGACUUUUUCCUAAUGGGGGAGGAGGAAGUGGCUCGGAACUGGUAGAUAAGCCACCUGCUCCAGUCCAUCCUUUUCAUCCAAACAUGAAAAUCCGGCGAGGGAUAUUGGCACCUGAAUGUGCAGAUGUAAUGCAGCAAUUCUUCCAGCUCAGGAGAAGGAAAAAAGCAAAGAGUGGAGAUUCGCCACAUAAUAAACCUUCUCUUCCUAUUGCAAGUCAUCAAUCAAAAAUACUUCAUAAGAUGCAUGAUAUAUUCCAUGCCUUGUUGUGUUUGUAAGAAUAGCAGAAUAAUGGCCAUUUCUCAUUAAAUUGAAUGCAUCUCUGGUGAUAGGCUUCUUAUUUGAUUCUUGUAGAGCAGUUGCCAAGUACCACCAUUAACUUAGACGAUGGUAAACUCCAGUGUCUUUGUGUUUAAGAGAGCUACACAUGAGGUCGAAAUUUUGAAUCUUAGUUUUAACUUGUUAAUUUUUAUUUAUCUCACUACCAUCUAUAAAUGUUAUUAGGUAUCAGUUUAAGUUGAAAA